UGUGAGUGGCACAAAGGACCUGCACAGACCUGCUUCAGAACAGUAUCCAAUGUCGAGCAAUCUGCGAAAGACUUCAGAACGCCAGAAUUCUCUGUUCUAUGACAUACCAGCCUCUAACAUGGAGGAGGUGCUGUCAGGCUACCUCUACAAAUCACCAUCUCCAUCUGUCCUUACUAAAUCUAUGAAAUCAUGGAAGCACAGGUUCUUUGUGCUCAGCAAGACAGAUGCACACUUCCACAAACUGAAGUACUUUAAGGAUGCAAAUAAGAGAGACAAACCCACUGGAGAAAUCGACCUGUAUCAGAUCUCUUUGUUUUUCCUGAAUCCGAAAACACACCCCACUUGGGAAUGGAUUCAAAAGAACUUCAGAUGUUCUUCAUCUUGUGUUCUGUACAUGAGGGUGCUGGACAGAGACUUUUUCCUCAUUGGAAAAAACAGUACUGAUAUGGAAAGCUGGUUCAAUGCCCUAUUUGCAGCUCUGAAGACACAAUCACACACACAGCUCAACCCAGAGAGAAACAGAAAACAUAGGUCAAUAUCCGAGCCUUCAAAUUUCAAAACAUCAAAUCAAGACUUUGCUGAAAACGAAGAGCAGUUGCUGCAAAACCCAUCAUUCCCUUCAGUGAGGCACUCUGCUCCAGAAUCAUUCAACAUCAAGUACUCUCACUACGAUUACCCCAGGAAUUUCAUGAUGAAAACAUCACCAGAAAGUGAAGGUGAGGAGGAGGAGGAGGACAAAGAUGAUGUAAACAUAGAAGCGAAAAGUGAAACAGAGACAGAUUACAUGGACAUGGCAAGCGUGAAAAAAGUGCUGAGUGAAGAUUACACUGACGAUGACUCGACCUAUCAAACAUUGUUAAAUGGAGGAGAUAAAGAUUCCGAGAAUGCACACCAGAAUGACAAGAGUGGUUCCACUGGUCUGAAUCUGCAAAUUCAACAGCAGAGUGAAACACUCAGUCCUGAGAAGAAGGAGAUCUGUGUGAGUCAAGAGGAGCUGAAGAACAACGUGAUCUUCUCAGAGGAAGCAGGAAAACCCUGUGUGUCUGAUUUGAAGCAUGUCCAAUCCUCUGGCCCAUUUCAUGAGGGGGAUCAAAUAGUAGCCAUCAAUGACCUUCUCACAGACACUCUGGAGGAGGUGCAAACCUUUCUAAAGAGGCUUAGUAAAGAUCAGGUGAAAUUGACCAUCCUAAGACAACCAGGAUCUAGACCUUUAAGUGGCUGUAAUGAAUAAAGUGACCUCUGCUCUUCUUCAAGUGACCCUGGAGUACCUCUCUGCACUAUUCAUUAGUCUAGGAGCAGGUAGAAGUACACACUGUGUGUGUGGUGUCUGGCUCAGUGCUUUACAGUAUACAGCAGUGUCAUGUAUUAAAGCACUGCUGUUUACAGAAAGGAUGCAUGGAUCCCUCUAGUGGUUGGUGCCUGACAUUGCACUGUUAGGAAUUUAAGUCUAGUACUUGUGUGUGUAUAUACAUAUACAGUACAUAAAUUGUCUACAGGAUGUAUGUAAUAUUUGUAUGUAUUGUAUAUAUUGCAUUAGUAUGAAUGACUAUAUUAAAACAAUCAAACCAUAUUACAUCUCAGGCAAGAGAUAAAUGUAUAUAUAAGUCAGUUCCCAAAUGAUUAAAAAUGUAAUUAAAAGGGAA